AGGAAUUUUACAAUGUGAUACAUUGUGUUGAUACAAUGUCAGAUGACUUUCACAACUGCUGACAUCCAAGUGGCUACUUUUGUGUGUUGCAAUGGUGUGACUUGUCACCGGCGUGACAUAUAAGUCACUUGUGCGAGUAAAGGCUGGAGUGUGAGAAGAAAAGAGGAAUAAAAAAGGAUGUAAAGAAUUUGCACGUUUUUUGGUUAUUCAUUUUUAAAAGCUGAACUUCACUUAUCACGUCAACAUUUGCCAAUAACAACCACCUACUAAUGGGCAAACAUGACAUAUUUAUAGUGUUUAUGCACGACUGACGCCUUUUAAAAAGCAUAUUAUCGUUUUCAUUUCAUUUCACAUACGGAAUUUAAAAAAAGAUCCUCUGUAAGGAUUACGUAGAUAUUACCAUGAUCUCCCCCCCUGUCAACUUAAUAUAUCUGACCUCCGGUACAUUUCAAACUUUCUGCCGCGUUAGAUUCAUUUUUAGCCUUUUUAGGAUUAUUUGAACUAUGCCAAGGGUCACAUAACCUUAGUACUCUGUCCUUCCUAUAUAAGACAGUAGCUGAGUCCACUCUACCCUACUCUGCAGAAGGCUGAGACAGCAUGAUUAGGCUUAGUCCAGCUUACCUAGCUAAUGCUUUCUGUUUGUGUGUGUUUUGCUCGUCAGUGUCCAUUUUUCGGUCUCUUUAGAAACAUUGCCUUAAAAGGAAAUGCUUUGCAUCUGGCCACCACAGAGCUACUCAGAGAAUAGUUCAUUCUGGAUGUAACCACUGGAUUAAUUUUACUCUGAGUCAUCCAGAAAUUACCUCAGAAUUUCAUUGCCAGUCACGAUGAUGCUAGCAAGAGUAAUAAUGUUGACUCUAUUAUUGCAUGUUUAAAAGUCCAAACCCUGAUGAAAAUCUGGUCUUCUGUUCUUGUAUUUUCAAUCCAUGGGAAGACUUUGCACUCGAUCACAAUUCUCUGCUGCAAGUGAUUUUUACUUUUGGAUUUCUUUGAUGUGAUCGACUGGAAGAAAAGACUAUGAUCUGGAGAAGACAUGCUGUCCUGGCUCCAAGUUGACAUAAAUGAGUAGGGUAGCCACUAGCCAUGGAACCUCCCACGACCACCCAGGAUGAACUGAGGGGACGGCGAACAUCUAUGCCCUGUCAACCGAAAUCUGUCAUGGUUGUCCAUUCCACACCUUCGGGGGAUGAGGUUCAGUGCAAGAGUUAUUCAAUAAAUCCAGAGACAGACACACCUCUUCCUCUCCCAGACAUCAUGCCAGGGACUUUUUCUGACCUUACAAUAGCAAGGCAACGCCACAAAAGCGCAACAGAUAUUCCUCACCGAGGCAACAUUUCUUUGCUUCCCUCUUACACUCAUUGUCUUAUAGAUAGAGAACAAGACCUCUUGCGUCGUUGCUCACUCAGGGAGACCAAGAGUGUUUCACGUUACCCUCGCCAUGCCCUCAGUGUGCCUGAAAUCGGCUGCAUCAGUCCCCUUCAUGUCAUUACCCACAGUCCGCUCCACAGCACGCCGCUCUCACCGGCAAAAAGCAACAUAUCCAGCCCUGCUAGAGAGAUGGAGAAGCUUGCAAAGGCCAGGAGUAAACUUCUAGAGAGUGAAACUAACCAAACCCCUACCAUCGCUCCAGAAACAAGAGAACAACUUCGCUAUGUCGCCAAAGAUGGAAAGUGCAGAGUCAACCUUUGUCAUAUUUCGGAAAGGGGCCGUUUCCUGUCUGAUAUCUUUACUUCUUUUGUGGACCUCCAGUACAGAUGGUUCUUAUUCGUCUUCAUGAUGUGCUACAUUCUCACCUGGUUUUUCUUUGCUGUGCUCUACUUCUUGAAUGCUUUCUUUAGAGGUGACCUAGAAAAGGUGAAGCCACUCAGCACCCCUGAAGAAAACCUCAUAGACCCCACACCCUGCUAUUUGGGUGUAGAUGAUUUCAUCUCUGCUCUUCUUUUCUCAGUGGAGACACAGCGCACCAUUGGUUAUGGGUCACGCACUGUGUCUCCCAGCUGCCACGAGGGUGUGGUGCUGGUCAUGACGCAAUGCAUUGUUGGGUCCAUGAUAGAUGCCCUCAUGGUUGGCUGCAUGUUUGUUAAAAUAUCCCGACCUAAGAAGCGAGCGGAGACACUUCUUUUCAGUCGCACGUGUGUCAUUGCUAACCGGGAUGACCAGCUCUGCUUGAUGUUCCGCCUGGGAGACCUCAGAGAAAGUCACAUGGUGGACGCAAAGGUUCGUGCAAAGUUAAUCAAGUCUCGGCAAACAGCAGAGGGAGAGUUCUUGCCUCUCGAGCAGACAGAGAUUAACCUUGGUUAUGAAACUGGCUCAGACCGACUUUUCCUGGUGGAGCCUCAAGUCAUUCAGCACAAUAUUGACUGCGACAGUCCGCUGUGGGAGCUGGGUCCAGAGCAACUCAGAAGACAGCAGUUUGAGAUAAUCAUUAUUUUAGAAGGAAUUGUUGAGGCCACAGGGAUGAUGUGCCAAGCCAAAACAUCCUAUAUUGAAACAGAGAUUGAGUGGGGUGCUCGCUUUGAACCAUGCAUGACGCUGGAGAAGGGCUCAUUCAGAGUGGACCUGCGUCGAUUCCACACCACCUACAAGGUACCACUACCUAACUGCAGUGCCAGCCAGGCACACCAGCUAAUGGCUCUGGCUGACUGCAAAGUCCAAAACCACAGAACCUGCCAAAACUGGGAAAGCUGGACAGAGGGAAUGACUGAAGAAGACAAAGACAAGCAACCACCCCAUGGAGGAUUCACUAUUGAUAACAUUCAGGAGGAGAGAGCAUCAGAAGGCAAUGAAAGUGAAGAGGGUACAGAAAAAAGCAUGGCAUAAGACAUUUUAACCUUUUUAAAGCUGAAUUGGUCAUGAACAGUUUCUCAGUAUGAAGCUUUUGUUUUAAACAGAUGACACCAGCAUUUCACUGUAGAAGGACAGGUUUAAAUAUACAUAAUAAAUAUUUUGAAUUGACUGUUUGCUAACUUUGUCCUAAAGUAUUGUUGGCACUCAAGUCCAGCUUUACACUAUAGCAAUACACAUGGAAUUUUACAGCAUAAAUUCUUGCAGACUUACUAUUCUUAGGAAACUUGAAGCAACAGCCAAUUCUUGAUUUUAGUACUUACUGAAAUGUCUUUUUUUCUCGUCUGUGGUAUGUCCAAGACAAACCUGCGUUUAAUCUCAUGCAGCUAAAUAAAUAGCAGCAGUGUAUUUAAGCAUUGCAAUGUUGUGUUAGUUACUCCCUGUGGUUUCGGAGGAAAAGGCAAGAGAAGACUAUGCAAGUGGUAAAGAGAGCUUUUUAACAUAACAGAUGAGAGCAGGCAGCCAAUAAGGCCUUAGCCAGGCUUCCUAAUAACUCUCCAAGGUACUUUGCUAACAUGACACAUGCAACAUAUUUCUACUUUUGUGUUUUUGCUGCCAAAAUUGACCUAUGAUCACAGUUUCAGCCACUGGUUUCGACAGAAGCCCGAAAGAGUCGCGCUUGCAACAUGUUUCAAGUUCUUUUGUUGUAAUUUUGCCACAAAAAUCUGCAGCAUAUGAAUAAUCAGUAGUAUGGUUCACUUUAAAGCAAAAAUAAAAAAUAAAAAAAAUAAAUCGUUUUGUAAAAGUGGUUGGGAAAAACAAGCUUGGUGAGAAUAUGAUGCAUAAAUGUAAAUGACUGCAUCAAAAUGUCAAAUUUUACAGCGGUUGUGUUAUUUUGGUGCUAAGCUCCACGUGGCUACAUGGAGUUUGCACCUUUCUGGCACGAUACAGUUUAUUUACACAAACGAAAUUUGACAUGAUCUGUGACUGGUAUUGUACCUACGGACUUGGUUCUCGUAUCCCCCCCCUCCCAAUUGCCCGGGAAUACCCACUUGCGACUGCGUCACUUUCCGGCUCCUACGCAGCAGUCGGAGCUGAUAGCGCCCACUCACAAAAAAAAGAAAAAAAAAAUUUAACCAGACGCGCCGCAACGCGUUUCAGAAGCGUACUAGUGUAUCUCCGCCUCGUAUCGCUUAAAAUAGUCCCCCCCCCCUCUCUUUUUUUUAACGGAAGCAGCGUGAAGCUGCACAGAGCAGGGAAGGAAGUCAGACACAGGAGCGGCACCGAGAAUCCGGCCACUUUUGUGCGCGCAGACGUCUUCUAUUACGCCCUCUGCGAAACCGUGCAAAAGACGGAACUGAGCUGCGCGACUUUUAACAAACGUAAUCAUUUUUUUGCUGCGAGGUGCUGCACCGCUGUUUGGAUGAAGUACGGCCUUUGUGAGAUGCACCGUACAUGUACUAAAUAUAAGCAAACACCGCCACACAUCCUCACGCAAACACACAAUAUGUUACUUAUAAGGCCAUUACAUUGACUUUAACCAAUACCAAACAGACCGACUGGAACCAAACCUUCAAAAGCGGACCAGGAAAACAAAUGCAUGUCUUUACAACAUGUACUACCACCGCAUUGAUCACAAUUGGACGGAUCCUGUGUGAGGUUCUAAUGGCUAACUGAACAUUUAGAUAUAUUAUAUCUAAAUUAUAUUAUAAUUAUUAUAUUAUAAUAUAAUCACAUUAUAUCAUAAUAUAAUGUGAAACAAAUUCUCAGAUUCUGAUGUGUUUAGUUAAUGGGACCUUUCAUCUUAUUAUAGCACAUAUAUACACAC